AUGGACCAGUGGCAGAAUUACUCUGAUUCAUCGGGUUCUGCAAGAAGAUACAAUGGGAACCCCCCACCAGCUCAUUCUCAAAUGGCUAGAGAUUAUAACGGGAACCCCCAAACCCAACCUCCAACCGCUUUUACAUACGAUCAAUAUCAAGGAGGUUUAGGAUCACAUCCUCAAUCUCUAGCAACUUCUCCUGCUACUCCGCAAAUGACGGAUGGAAAUGGAGAUGUGGCUAUGCAAGACUCUGGAGAUCAAUAUAAUAUGAAAUAUCCAAUGCGCCCUCAUCAUCAACAGCACCUUUCAGGCAAUCAAAGAUUAUCUCAUCAAUCGCCACAAGAACCAUCCGCGGCUGCUCAACGUUAUUCUCCAAUGGAGACUUUAUCGCCAAUAUCGCCAUAUGGCGCGACGCAACAGCCAAACUCAAAUCAGUACAUGUCACCACCCGGGGCUGGAAGCAGACAAUCUCCUCCAAAGAAUACAGCAUACUCUUCCCCAAAUUCGUAUUAUCCAAGCCGUCAACAAUUACCACCUCUCCAGCCGUAUGCGUCUAAUUCCAACAAUGAAUCAUACCCGACCUCUGCGACCCAGCAGCUGAACGCUAUGUUUGGUAAUGAUCCGAAUCCUCCUCGACGGCCAGUAUCUCAGUCAGCGCAAGGUCCACCUGGAAGAGGGCCAGUUCCUGAAUUCACAAAAAUUCGGUCCAUGUCUGAUCUACAACCAAAGCUUAAUGCGCAACCGGCUUUUCGCAGAGCUAAUCCAGAAGGCGGAUUCAUAAGUCCCCUUCAAGCUCUCACGAGCCAUCUCCCCUCUACCUAUCGGAUAUGCAACCCUAGCUUCAAAUACGAAUCUUCGCGGAAUCCUCGCAGAGUGCUCACAAAACCAAGUAAAGGUGUCAAGAAUGAUGGCUUCGAUAACGAAGAUAGCGACUAUAUACUUUAUGUGAAUGAUAUUCUCGGGUCUGAGGAAACUACUCAUAAAAAUCGCUAUCUUAUUCUAGAUGUUCUUGGCCAAGGAACUUUUGGACAAGUUGUCAAGUGUCAGAAUCUGAAGACCCAGGAAGUCGUCGCGGUAAAGGUGGUGAAGAACAGGACUGCGUACUUUAAUCAGAGUAUGAUGGAGGUUUCUGUUCUAGAUUUGCUCAACACCAAGCUCGAUAAGAACGAUGAUCAUCACCUCCUUCGGCUCAAAGAUACAUUUAUCCAUCGCCAACAUCUCUGUCUGGUUUUCGAAUUACUGAGUGUAAAUUUGUAUGAACUGAUCAAGCAAAAUCAGUUCAGAGGUUUGAGUACCACUCUUGUGCGAGUCUUUGCGCAACAACUUUUGACUGGACUGAGCUUGUUGAACAAAGCUCGGCUUAUUCAUUGUGACUUGAAGCCGGAAAAUAUCCUGCUCAAGAAUCUUGAGAGCCCCAUUAUCAAGAUUAUCGAUUUCGGAUCAGCUUGCGACGAACGUCAAACAGUAUAUACAUACAUCCAGUCGAGAUUUUACAGAUCCCCUGAAGUGUUACUCGGCCUGCCAUAUUCAUCAGCUAUCGAUAUGUGGUCGCUGGGCUGUAUCGUUGUAGAGUUGUUCUUGGGUCUUCCCCUAUUCCCUGGAUCCUCGGAGUAUAACCAAGUCUCCCGUAUUGUAGAGAUGCUGGGAGAUCCACCAAAUUGGAUGCUUGAGAUGGGCAAACAGUCUGGGGACUUCUUCGAGAAGAGGCAUGAUGUAGAUGAUUAUGGCAGAAGAACAUAUCAUCUCAAAUCUAUGGAACAGUAUUCCCGCGAGCAUGGAUCGAAGGAGCAACCAAGUAAAAAAUACUUUCAAGCUACCACACUCCCGGAAAUUAUUCGUUCAUACGCGAUGCCGCGAAAAAACAUGAAAGCAAGCGAAAUUGAGCGAGAAAUGAACAACCGGGUUGCUUUCAUUGACUUCGUUCGGGGCUUACUCAAUAUCAACCCACUGGAGCGCUGGUCUCCACAACAGGCCAAACUACAUCCGUUUAUCACUCAACAAAAGUUCACAGGUCCAUUCGUUCCCCCAAUGAAUCUCAAGUCGAGUACUAUCAAUAGAUCUCCCGCCCCAGGAACCACGCAACAACAACAGGCCGAAGCUUUGAGCAAGCAACGAGCACAGGCUGCACAGGCUCAGGCCCAUUCACAAGCUCAGUCUGCCGCUCACGUAUCGUAUAAUAAUCCGAAUGUGCCGGUCAACUCAUAUGGCCAAGUUCCACAAACCCAACAGCACCCACCGAUGUACAAUAACAACAAUAUGUACACGCCAAACUCUAACCACCAGGCUGCUCACCAAGUUUCACACCAGGCCGCUCCACCCCCAUAUCCCACACAGCAAGGUUAUAACCAGAUGGGGAUGAUGGGGCAACCACCGGCACAGAUGCCACCCGCGCAAUACGGACCUGGACCUUCACAACAGCAACAACCAAGUCUCUAUCAACAAGCCACUGUGAGAUCUGGAAGGCAACGUGCUUCGACAAUGGAAGUUCAGCAGGGCGGUAUACCUGUGACGAUACAAAGGGUUGCUAGUCAUCUUGAUCCUAGUCAGCCUAUUCGUUUACAGCCUAGUCCUGCAUACUAUCCACCCCCACCUGAUGGAGCCCCUGAUGCAAAUCCUGGUAGUGCACGGAGAAGAGGGAGCAGAGCUGCCCAAGGUGGACAAGCACCUACCAGAAAUCGAGACUUCAUCCGAAAUCUGGAAGAUCGAACAUUGGAAGAAGGAUUCAUGGGUCAAAGCCAAUGGCACUGA